GGAUAGAGCGGUGACUUGACGAAUGAAGAUAAGGCUCGAUUAUGAGAGCAAGUCACUCUGACCUACCUCACAAGCUGAGCUACUCGAUGUCCGCCGAUUCAUUUGAUCAGUUAUCAAAAUGACAUCGUUAAGAGCGGCCGGUGUAGUGUGUGGUCUGUUCCUGGUCGCCCUAAUAGCCACUCGGGUUCAAGCUGAUCCUGCGCGCUAUGACAAUUACCGUGUGUACAAGGUUUCGAUCGAGCGAGUGGACCAACUGGAACUUCUGCAGCUGAUCGAGCAACGUCCAGAUGGCUACACCUUCCUCAGUGAUCCUGUCCAUCUCAACUCCGCCGUCAAGCUGGUGGUUCCACCACAUAAAAUAGCCGAAUUCGAGGAGCUCACCGAACGUUUUGAGCUGAAAGCGACCGUAGCCUUCGACAAUCUGCAGGCCGUGAUCGAGCAGCAGAUGAAGGGACGCCGUGAAACGUUCGGCUGGACCGCUUAUCAUCCACUGGAAGAUAUUUACGCCUGGCUGGACACUCUGAUCGCUGACUAUCCGGGCAUCGUUACACCGAUCGUAGCCGGGCAAACCUACGAAGGACGUCAGAUUCGGGGUGUUUAGGUGUCACACGAGGGUGGAACGUCGGUAAAUCCGUGCUCGGACACCUUCUCCGGACCAUCGCCAUUCUCGGAGAUCGAAACACGCACCCUAUCGGCUUACAUCAGCACCAUCCCGAACCUGUCGACGUAUCUUGACUUCCACUCGUCAGGCCAACUGCUGAUGGUACCGUACGGUCACACAACGGAGCCACUCGAUAACUACAAUGAGCUCAUGGACAUUGGCAGGAAGGCCAUCGCCAAGCUACGGGAGCGCCACGGUAGCGUCUAUCAGGUGGGCAACAUCGCGGAAAUUAUCUAUGUCGCCUCGGGAAGCAGCUUGGACUGGGUUAAGGGAACGCUGCAGACACCGCUUACCUUCGCGUACGAGCUGCGUGAUACCGGCGAGUAUGGUUUCCUGUUGCCUCCGGAUCAGAUUAUUGCCACCGCCGAAGAGACCCUGGACUCGAUCAUCGUCAUCCUGGAAGAAGGCAAAGCCUUGUCUUGUGUGGUAGUCAGCAUGAAGAUCAUUCUGGUGUGUCUUGUAUUGGCCGUGGUUGGGGCAGCGGUCGCCGAAAAGGCCCGCUACGACCACUACCGCCUAUAUCAGGUCCGUAUCGCAACCGAAAGCCAACUGGAGCUGCUUCAGGCGAUCGAACAGUACCCCGAUGGAUACCGAUUCUGGAGUGAUCCGGUGAAGGUUGGAACCGAAGUGCUGAUGGUUGUGCCACCGCACCAGCGCGGACACUUUGCCGAACUCCGGGCUAAGCAUGGCCUUCGGGUGAGGCUACAAAGCGAGAACCUGCAGCAACUGUUCGACGAUGAAGCACGUCCCAGUUUACGUAGAGAGGCGUUCGGAUGGACGGCUUAUUACCGCACUGACGCGAUCUAUGGCUGGCUCGAUGGUUUGGUGGCUUCCUAUCCGGGAAUCGUGACUCCACUGAACGUCGGAAACUCUUACGAAGGGCGCCCAAUCAAGGGUGUUAAGGUGUCGUACAAGGCGGGCAACAAGGCUGUGUUUUUGGAGAGUUUGAUUCAUGCGCGCGAAUGGGUCAGUGGUGCCACGGUAACGUGGGUACUGAACGAGUUGCUCACGUCGAGCGAUCCAAAGGUGCGCCAAAUUGCGGAGAACUUCGAUUGGUACGUGUUUCCGGUGACGAAUCCCGAUGGGUACGAGUAUACGCACACCACCGAUCGCCAGUGGCGCAAGACACGAUCGGUCGCGAGCAGUCUGUGCCGUGGAGCGGAUCCGAAUCGUAACUGGGGAUACAACUUUAUGCAGGGAGGUGCAUCGAGCGUACCCUGCUCGGAUACCUUCGCUGGAGCGAGUGCAUUCUCCGAGGUCGAAACGCGCCAGCUGUCGGACUACAUUGCCACGGUGGACAACAUGAGCACGUACCUGGCGUUCCAUGCGUACUCGCAGCUCCUGCUCAUCCCCUAUGGCCACACGACCGCUCGUCUCGAUAACUACGAUGAAACGAUUGCGAUUGGUACGAAGGCAAUUAACAAGCUGAGCGAGCGCUACGGAACGACCUACAGAAUCGGGAACAUUGCGGAAGCGAUUUAUGUCGCAUCGGGAGGCAGUAUUGAUUGGGUAAAGGGUGUGCUACGUACACCGUUGGUCUACGCUUAUGAGCUGCGUGAUUUGGGACGGUUUGGAUUCGUCCUGCCGCCGGACCAGAUUAUUCCGACCGCACAGGAGACGCUCGAUUCCAUCAUCGUUAUCCUUGAGGAGGGUUCCACUUACGGAUAUCACUGAGUAGAAGUAUUUGAAUAAAAAGCGA